GGCCUCUUUUGGAUGAGGUUGAAUCAGAAGGGGGCCAAUUUGAUCUGGUACCAGAACAAGAGGGACGAAGGGAUCAUGUUUGAUAAGUAUUUCACACCAUUUCCGAUUCCUGCACUGGCCUUGUUAUAUACUGCAGCUGAGUGCUGUGUGGAUGAAUGGGCUGAUGGAGAGUGCAUCGACAUCUGUUUUUCGAGCGGCGAGUACAAAGCUGUAUAUGACAAACACCUUGCCAAUCUCAAGAGAUUUCAAGCGCAAACGAAGGACCAUGGCAUACUUGAUACGAUACUCAAGGACAUCAACAACAGCGGCAGGUGA